AUGUCGUUGAAUACAAGUACAACCUCGGCAUUGCAUAAGAUUAAUUUGGAAACAUUCUCACUUGUUUGGCUGGAUAUUACCAUUAAUAACUCCGAAGAAAAUCUUCAUACUCAACAAGAACUACGCAGUGUGAUAAACCAUUUACGAACUUUUGAAAAUAGCUCGGAUUGUGAGGAAUAUAUUCGAUCGAUACCGCAUGAUGAUCGAACUAUUAUUAUUGUUAGUGGUGUAUCAGGUCGACAAUUGAUUCCACGUAUACAUAACCUUCCACAAGUUUGUUCAAUUUAUGUUUACUGUAUGCAAAGAAAAACCAAUGAGAAAUGGACGAAAGAUUUUACUAAGGUCCGAGCUGUUAUUGUCAAAUCUGAAGAUCUGAUUAAUCAAAUUCGGUCCGAUCAUAGUCAACGUUUGCAGAAAAAGGCGGAUGAAACACUUUCGAUCAAUAUUUUUCAUGCCAAUCACGGUCAGUCAACAACAGGUCUCAACGGACAAUUUGUGCAUUCACAGUUGUUGAUCGAUUGUUUAUUAAGAAUGAUACCGGUUGUCGGCGAAAAAGAAGAAUUAGUUUCCGUAUGUAAAGAAGAAUAUCGAGAGAAUUCACACGAACUAUCCAAUGUCGAAGACUUUGAAAAAAAUUAUGUACAUCAGCAAGCUAUUUGGUGGUACACACGACCAUUAUUUCUCUAUCGUUUGUUGAAUAAGGCAUUACGGGUACAAAAUAUUGAUUUGAUCUAUCAAUUUCGCUUCUUUAUUCGCGAUUUACAUCAGCAAUUAUCGGAAAGGCGAUGCUUGGCACCAAUUAGUGUCUAUCGGGGUCAAUUAAUGAUAAAUGAUGAGCUUCAAAUACUGAAAGAUUCGGUUGGGAAGUACAUUUCAAUAAAUUCCUUCUUUUCAACUAGUCUCAAUCGCAAUUUAGCGUUGUUUUUCUCUCGCGAAGAGAAUGACUACGAAAGGGUUCUAUUCGAAAUUGAUGCAACACCACAAUCGGAAGAUGAAAAGCCAUUUGCAGAUAUUAGCUCGUAUAGCAAUUUUCCUGCUGAAUCUGAAGUCUUAUUCAUGUGUGGUUCAGUAUUUCGAGUCAUGGACGUUUCGCGCGACAGCGAUGGUUUAUGGCUGAUUCACAUGAUCUUAUCCAAUGAAAAAGAUCAUGAGUUAAAACGAAUAUUUGAACACAUGAAAAAUCAAUAUAGUCAUGAAACGAAUAAUCUUCUUCUGUUAGGUCACGUUUUACGUGACAUGGGCAAAUACGAUCAAGCCGAAGCUUAUUAUCGUCGAGCACUUGAUCCACUACCGACUGAUUUACACGAGCGAAGUCGAUGUUACCAUGCACUUGGAAUAAUUCAAUACGAAAAGGGAAACUAUGACGCGAGUUUGGAAUAUCAUCGAUAUUCUUUGAAUAUUAAACUGCAUUCAUUAAAAUCGAACGAUCUUCAUUUAGCAAAUAGUUACAACAGUAUUGGAACAAUUUAUGAAAGGAAAAAAGACUAUUCACAAGCUUUACAAUCAUUUCAUCAAUCGUUACUGAUUCUUCAACAAGAACUAGGAGAUGAUCACCCGAAAGUCGCAACUUGUUUGAAUAAUAUCGCUGGAAUAUACCAAUCAGAGAAAAAGUACACUGAAGCAUUGAAAUGUAACCAGGAAGCAUUGAAAAUUCGAAGCAAACACCUCCCGGCUGACCACCCUGAUCUAGGAGCAUCGUAUAGCAAUAUUGGAAUUAUUUACCGAUGCCUUCAGCAGUAUGAUUCUGCAAUUGAGCAUCAUAAUCAAUCGCUAAAUAUUCAUAAGAAAUCACUUCCACCACAACAUCCAUCGAUAGCAUCGACAUUGACGAAUGUCGGACUGGUUUACGAAGACAGAGGAGAAUAUCGUGAAGCACUAGAAUAUUAUGAAAAAGCAGCGCUGAUCUAUCGACAAGCACUGUCUCCAAAACACCCGAAUACAAUCAAAACCGAUCAGUUCAUUCAACGAGUGCAAUCGAAAAUGAGAUGUGUUUGA